UGUAACAUAUUAUAUAUACGCGGUGGUGUGAACCUCCAGAUUGUUUAUCUGGCUCUUGAGACAUCAGUGCAAACAUACUUAAGAAAGCGAGAAUGGUUCAACUAAACAGGCCCAUAUUAUGGACAUUCAUUCUUGUAUUCAUAGUGUCAGUUGAGGCCUCAAAAUUGGCUAAGCUGUGUUCAUCAAAUCCUUCCAACAACGUACGAGGAUGCGACCGGCAAGGAUGUGGACACUAUAGAGCUGCGAGGGGCCGUAGAAGGCAUUAUGGAGUUGACAUAAGAUGCAGCCCCGGCAGCACAGUAUAUGCUCCAUUCGCUGGGACUAUUGUCCGUCGAUCAAGGCCUUAUCCGAACAAUAGAAAUGCAUUCAAUAACGGUCUGCUUAUCCGAGGAACUGGCAAUUUUAAUGGAUUUAGCGCUAAAAUUUGGUAUUUUACACCAAGUCUCCACAGUGGUAGGAUUUCAAAGGGAAGAGCAUUGGGCACAUCGCGACGUCUUCUUUAUACCGGCAUUACCCAGCACCUUCACCUUCAACUAUACAAAGGGAGAAAGAUCGUAGAUCCUACCUCAUAUUUGUAAGCUGAUUUACAGGAAAAAUUGAAUUUUAAGUAUACUAAUAAUAAUAAUAAUUAAGGCACGAAUUGUUUUAUAGAAAGAAUAUGAAAUGUUCAUAUCGC